GUGUCCUCUCUCUCUCAGACGUGUCCUCUCUCUCUCAGAUAUGUUCUCAUUGGCCGUCAUCUCGCACCAUCUCUGGUCCUCAGCUUGCCAACAAAUCCGGUGCUCCAUGGCAACUGUUGUCUCCGGGAGCAAGACCUCCAGGUUGGUGAGGGAGCGUCUGAAGCUCCAGGUGGAGGAGAUGAAGGGUCCCUUCUCAGGGUUCAGACCUGGUCUCGUGGUCUUACAGGUGGGAGACAGAGACGAUUCAAACCUCUACAUCAGCUCCAAGCUACGAGCUGCAGCUGAGAUUGGAAUCGAAGCGAAACAUCUGAGAUUACCGAAAACCACAACGCAGGAAGAGGUCCUGCAGCACAUCCUGUCCAUCAAUGAGAACCCGUCUGUCCAUGGUCUGAUAGUCCAGCUUCCCCUGGACUCCGUGACCUCCAUCGACUCUGAACUUAUCACCAACGCCGUGUGUCCAGAGAAAGACGUGGACGGUUUGAGCUGCAUCAAUGCAGGGAAGUUGUCUCGAGGGGAUCUGGAUCACUGCUUCAUCCCCUGCACCCCCAGCGGCUGCAUGGAGCUCAUCAGACAGACAGGUGUGUCUGUGGGGGGGAAACAUGCGGUUGUGAUUGGGCGCAGUAAGAUCGUUGGAGCCCCGAUGCACGACCUGCUGCUGUGGAACCACGCCACCGUGACCACCUGUCAUUCAAAGACCCUCGACCUCCCUGAACAGGUGGGCCGGGCCGAUAUCCUGGUGGUGGGGGCGGGCCGAGCAGAGAUGGUGAGAGGGGAGUGGCUUAAGGAAGGCGUGGUGGUCAUCGACUGUGGAAUCAACCACAUAGCAGAUGAGACGAAGGCGAGCGGAAAACGUGUGGUCGGGGACGUCCACUACGCCUCAGCCAAUCAAAGAGCCGGCUUCAUCACACCUGUUCCAGGAGGGGUGGGGCCUAUGACAGUGGCCAUGCUGAUGGAGAACACGGUACAGAGCGCUCAGCACUUCAUCCUGAAGAACCAGCCAAGGAGGUGAAAAUGUCUUUGAAGAAUCUUCAACUACAUCUCUGACGUUUAUAACAAACCAAACCGUUUAAAAAUAUGUUGAAAAUUGAUUGAAGUUAUUAUACAUGUACCACGAAGAACACAAUGUUAAGGGUGAGCGAGCUCUCCCUACCAAGAUGGCCUCCAUGUGCGGACGUUCUAUACUCCGCCUUUAUAUAUAUAUAUAUACAUAUAUAUAUAUAUAUACACAUCUAUGGGUCAUAGCCGUCCGACUUUUAAAUAUAAUAGAAUUCACUCUAAUAUCUACCGAUAUAAAUGUUAUAAUAGAAUAUAGAACAUCUUAGUUUAUAACCAUGUAUAUAUAUACAAUAUGUACUUCAUAUUAUGAACAGAAAUGGAUCAAGUGAGCUCAGGCAGACAAGUUAUGAACCUGAAAUAUCACUUUUCAAGUCAGUAAUGUUACGGAAUAAAGUCACAAAGAACCUUUUGUUUCGUUGUGUGAUUAUAAACUAUUAGUUGUGUUUCAUGGAGCAGGAGGAAGCGGCAUCACGCUGAAGGAGAACGAUGUGUGUGGUGACAUUCAGCUGCUCUAGCUUGGACACAUUCUGUAAUAUCUUAAGUUACAGUUAAAAUAGCUUGUAUCCUACGCAGGACAUUUUUUGCAUUCCUUGCAUACAAGUUAAUAAAUGUGUUUGCUGUUGGCUGCUGGUUUAAAUGUUCUUCUCCCAGCCUGAAAUAUAUCAUGCUCUGGAUCAAAUAAAUUAAAUAAACUAUGAAGAAGAUUACCUUC